CGUAAGGUGACCGCCGACACCAGAAAGUUCAUGCGGGAAAAUCUUCUUCUCAUAGUUACCCUCUCCGGUGUUCUCUUCGGCGUAAUACUCGGGUUCGGUUUACGACCCUUGAGCCUCGGCGAUGACGCAGUUAUGCUAAUCAGUUAUCCUGGAGAGCUCUUCAUGAGGUUGUUAAAGUUAAUGAUCUUACCACUAGUGAUUGCCAGUCUCAUAUCAGGCUCAGCAAGUUUGAACGCAAGAAUGAACGGAAUGAUCGCCGUCAGAACUUUGGUGUACUUUAUACUCACGUCGUUACUGAACGCUGUCCUUGGUGUCGUCCUGGUUCUGCUCAUUCAUCCGGGUAAUCCUGGAAUUAGAAAAUCGAUGGCGACCUCGCACAGCGGGAGAGCCGUUAACAUCUUGGACAGCCUUCUCGAUUUGGGAAGGAAUAUGUUUCCGGAUAAUAUUUUCCAAGCAGCGUUUCAGCAGGCUCACACCGUAUAUGUUCCAAAAACGAUGCCCUUUCAAAAUCUAACCGACUCGAUAUCUUCAGACGUUCUCGGGGACGAUGAAUUGAUGAGAGUAACACAAUACAGAAGCGGCACGAACACGUUGGGCAUAGUAUUCUUCUGCCUGGUGUUCGGCACGUUCUUAGGUACUCUCGGCGAGAAAGGCCAAAUCGUAAUCGACUUUUUCAAAGCUGUGUUCGAGGUUAUCAUGCGAAUGGUGUCGACUGUAAUGUGGAUGACACCGGUAGGCAUCACCUCGGUAAUUGCCGGCAAAAUACUCGGUGUCGCCGAUCUGGCAUUGGUGAUGUCGCAGCUCGCCUGGUUCAUCGUUACGAUCGUGAUCGGUGUGUUUUUCUAUCAGUUGGUGAUCAUGCAGCUGAUCUAUUUGGCCUUCGUGAGAAAGAACCCCUUUAAAUUCUACACCGGCCUCGCCCAGGGUACUCUCACCGCAUUCGCCAUGUCAUCAACGGCUGCUGCACUUCCGGUCACUUUUCGCCUGAUGACGGAUAAGCUUCGAGUCGAUCCUAGAGUCACCAGAUUCGUUCUGCCGAUCGGCUGCAACAUUAACAUGGACGGGACAGCGCUGUUCGUCGCCGUAGCUAGUAUCUUCAUCGCGCAGAUGCAUGGCAUGGUUUUGGGCUUCGGCGAAAUUAUAACGGUUAUUUUAACCUCUACCGCUGCGUCCGUGUCAUCGGCGUCAGUUCCAAGCGCCGCCUUGGUUCUCCUUCUGGUUGUCCUAAGCGCCAUCGAUGCUCCUGUUUACAAUGUCUCUCUUUUAUUCACCAUCGAUUGGUUCGUGGAUCGCAUUCGAACCACGAAUAACAUGCUGGGAGAUUGUUACGCCGCUGCUGUGGUCGAGCAAUUGUCGAAGAAGGAGCUGAUGGCGUUGGAUGCAGCAGCUUAUCAAUCGGAGACCGUUCUGCCAACGACUAUCGCAAACGGAUGCAUUUCUGCCAACAGGGUAUCCGAUCCUGACACCAUCGUCGUCGAAAUGCAAGACGAUACGAGGAUAGCCGGCGUCGCCAACAUCAGCGUAUUGCAGAUACCAAGGAGCGUGACGGAAGAGACAGUUUGACCUGCGCUAACGUUCCAAAAGUUAGUUUAGCUAGAUGCGUACAUAUAAAAUACCAUCGAGUGUGAUGCGUUCAACUGGGAUCAAAAAACAGUACACCGGCUACGCGAAUGUUAUCCUUUUAUCGCAUCUGUUUUCUACUCUUACAGAAUGUGUUCGAAGGAAUUACAUGAUUGCAACCAUAACAGAUAUCAAACAUAAAGUCAAUACGAAAGAGUGUGCUACAUGAUUCGCCAGUCGUUUAGUGCUAUGAUCGUAUAGCAAUAACGAUAACGAAACCAUUUCUAAGCUUUUGUAGUGGCUUCUUCGAGCGAGCUGAAAAUCGCCAGAUCACCGAUUCGAUUGCACUCUGGAGUAUUAACGAUCGCGUGAACAGCGUCGGAUGUGGUGCCUUAUUUUAACGGCGGCG